AUGAAGCGAUUGGAAAAGUGUUGUUGUUGUGCCUCUACGAGGACAGGGACGCUGAUCACUGCGACUCUUGGCAUCAUUCUUUCCAUCAUCACCAUCAUCACUGUAUGGGUAGUGAACAAGCACGAUGUUUCAUUUAGAACCUUUAUAUUUGCUGAAGACUUUGAUAAGAAACUGGCAGCGUUAGACAUUCCAAGGAUAAUACUGACAAUCAACUUGUGCUUCACCAUAUUGAUUUGCUUACUCCUUAUCGUCGCAGUACAAAAGAGACGCUCAUGGCUCAUGCUGCCGUGGGUUGUGCUAGGCAUAGUACUGGCGAUUGGACUUCUUAUCAGUGUAAUACACACCGCCAUCACGUACUACCUCGACGGGCAGGAUCACGUCAUCCUCGCUACCAUCAUACUGAUCGGUGGACUACUAUAUUUGUGUCUAUACCUCUACUUAUGGGCAGUUGUGUUCAGCCAUUAUUUGGAUGUUCGUGACGAAGAAGAACGAGGAAGAUACUCCAAAGCUCCGUACAAACGUUAA